UCAGCACUUGGAAGUUUGGAGACCCUAAAAAAGAGAUCUACAAGCCUGCUUCUGUGUACACAGAAUUUGGGCGUAUGAUCAUAGAGAUUGAAUUGGAGGACUGCAAUGCUUUAGCUUUAACGCGUGCUAGCCAAUUACAAUCAACUAAUGAUGUUAAGCUUCGUGUUGCUGCCUCUUCUUCUUUUCACGAGAAACCAACAACUUUCACAUGUGAAAGGGAUGGAGCUGGCUAUAUAUCUCGGCUGGAAAGAUCCAACUCAGGCGAUGAGGAUACGGACAAAGGGGAUGAUUUUGAUGAGAUGGCCAAUUGGGGAGAGGAUGGUGAAGGCAAGGGUGAUGACAAGGAUACAGAUGAAGAGAGUGAUGAUGAAUAUUCGCCUAAUUCCGAGGAUACAGAGGAAGAGGAUUGUUAUGGUGAUUAUAAGGAUACAAAGGAAGAUGAUUUCGACGAUGAAGAUUACAAGGCUCUGUUCGGAAGAGUGGAGGAUGAUGAAGAUUAUGAGGAUACUGAGGAAGAGGAUUCAGACAAUGAGGAUUAUAAGGAUACUGAGGAAGAGGAAGAGGACGAGGAUGAUGAUGAUUAUAAGAAUACAGAUGAUGAUGAAGAUUACAAGGAUACUGAGGAAGAUGAUUCAGACGAUGAUGAUUAUAAGGAUACCGAGGAAGAGGAUUCAGACGAUGAAGAUUAUAAGGAUACUGAGAAAGAGGAUUCGGACGAUGAAGAUCGUGAGGAUUUAGAGGAAGAGAAUUAUGAUGAAGAUUAUGAGGAUACUGAGGAAGAGGAAUAUUUUGAGGAUAUAUAUGAGGAUGCUAUGGAAAGGAUGGAGAAGAUUAUGUGAGGAUACAGAUGAUGAGAACAAGGAAUAGAAUGAUUAAAAGAAUAAUUGAGCUAAAUAUUCAGUGACCAAAUUGUAAUCCGACUUAUACAUAUUUUUUAAAUGAA